AUGGCCCGUAUCGCUUCGGACCCGGUUCUAGACAUCCAGCCUGAUUUUGCUUCACCCACCUUCGAGGGUCUUAGAAAUCGCAUCAUCGGAGGAACUCAGAUGACACACGAAGAAGUCACCAACGAGCUUGCCACUGCAUGGGAACAAGAUCGUGACCUCAGAGUUGUUGCAUGGACAAGGCAAGUUGACGAAGACCAGCUAGACCAGGAAUGCUUGCGCCUGGAACAAGAAGCCGAAGCAGAACUUUGCGAAGCAGAACUUUGCGAAGCAGAGAAGAAGAAACCAAAGAUCAACGAUUUCAAAAUUGGGGCGGCCGUUGGCGACACCCUUACCCCUCGCCCUUCCCAAUACGCGAUCCAUAAACUCAAGUCCUUUGAGUAUGUUGAACUCUGGUACUUCAGCCCAGAUGGAUGCAGAGAGACAGCCGAUGAUGCCAAGACCAGCGCAGACGACACCUUUGGCCUCACCAAAGUUGAAGACUUCAUUGCCCUCAAACCAGUCGCAUCCUUCAAAGCCUCCCGCAAAGCCAUCCAAGACCACAGUCUUGAGUGGCGCCAAUUCGACCUCGCCAAGAACAGCUUCCUGUUGUACAUCAACAAGCUCAAAUGGCCAGACAAGCAUCAGCGAGCUCUCACGAUGUUCUUCAUGAACAUUGUGUCUCAUCCCUCCUGCUCUGAACCAUACGGAGAACAAGCACUUCUCUUAUAUGCAGCUCGCGUCCGUCGCGAUUGGCACGACACCCUUGUCCUCGACAAUGCCUUCGACAUUAGCGUCUUCAACCUCACCCUCUUGAAGAACAUGGGCGAAGAAGUAUGGAACAAAGUUCGCCAAGAAACCCUUGUGGAGGUCAGU